UCCGUUCCUCUACGACAUCGUUUUCGGCCUGAAGAAACGCCCCACAGAUAUUAUUACUCUAUCAGCGGAUUUUCAUCUGCCGCAUUCUCCCAGCCCUAAUUCCCAACCUCUCGCGGAUUUCAUUCACGAUUUCGAUUCCCUCAUCCGUUGAUUGAUUGCUCUCCGAUCAGAUAUCCGAUUUAAUUCGUUGAUUUCCACCGAUGGUGGCGCAGUUUGAUUAAGGCAGCUCAACCCUAAUUGCCUCCCGUGCUGUUGAUUAAGGCGGCUCAACCCUAAUCUCGGCGAUCGAAUUGUACAAUUGGCCGACUUUCGUGUGUGCGGAGCUAGAAUUCGUCCGAGGAGGAAGAACUGCUUACAAGAUAACGGUUCGAGGCAGAGGCAGAGGCAGCGGCAGCUCGGUGGUUAUCGUCGUCUUCUUCUGGAGGAAAGGGAUUUUUGGUGGUUUUCCUCGAUCUCUCCUAUCUCCGGUCGUUUGGAUUGGGAUCCGGAUAAUUUAUCCAUUGAUCCAAGUGUAAAGGCGUCGCCGCUGACUUUGGCGUUUUUGAGUGGCUGAAGGAUUAGAAGGCCAUCACUUAGUCGGUUUGAUUAAUAUUUUGCAGUGAAGAAAAAAAAAGAACUUAUUGAGUUUCCGUUGUACUGUUAUUGUUUCCCCUUUUCAAUUUUGAAGUUGAAUGCCAGGGCUUUCAUUUUGUAUUAUUUGACGGCCUAUAUUUCUGUUUGUGUUGUUUCUCUCUGAAAUAGAGGGAGAACAUAUACAAAGAAAGGCGAAACCAUAACCAAGUAUGGCUGUUUACUAUAAAUUUAAAAGUGCAAAAGAUUAUGAUUCAGUUGCGAUGGACGGCCAUUUUAUUUCAGUGGGAAACUUGAAAGAAAAAAUAUUUGAAUUAAAGCAUUUGGGUGGUACUGAUUUUGACCUCAUAGUCACCAACGCCCAGACCAAUGAAGAGUACCUCGAUGAAGGAAUGUUAAUUCCGAAAAAUACUUCAGUUUUAAUACGCCGAGUUCCUGGAAGGCCACGCAAGCCCAUAGUUACUGCACCUGUUAGCGAGCAAGAAGAGUUGAAUGUUGACCAUAAUUCUGAAGAUGUUCAUGCUGUAAAGGAUAGCUUUGCUGUAGCAGAUCAGUCUUAUGUGAAAUAUGGUGAAGAUUUAGAAUGGGAUGAAUUCGGAAAUGAUCUUUAUGCUAUGCCUGAAACUACCCCUGUCCCACCUAGCAUCCCAGUUCAAGAUGCUACUUUUGUUAGCAAAGAGGAUGAGGAGAACAAGAUCAAAGCUUUAAUUGACACUCCAGCAUUAGAUUGGCAGCGACAACCUUCAGAUGGUUUUAGUGGUAGAGGUUUUGUACGAGGUGGCCGGGUGCCGGGUGGACGUGGUGGUUUUGGCCGAGGUGGAUUUGAGAAGAAAACACCACCACAAGGGUACAUAUGUCACAGGUGCAAAGUGCCUGGGCACUUUAUCCAGCAUUGCCCUACUAAUGGAGAUCCCAAUUUUGACAUAAGAAGGGUCAAACCUGCCACGGGAAUUCCAAAAUCAAUGUUGGUGGCAACCCCUGAUGGCUCUUAUGCAAUGGCGAGUGGGCUUGCAGCAACUUUGAAGCCAAAUGAGGCUGCUUUUGAGAAAGAGAUUGAGGGAAUGCCAUCCACACGACCAAUUGGCGAUCUUCCAAAAGAGCUGCAUUGUCCUUUGUGUCAAGAAGUAAUGAAAGAUGCUGUCCUGGCAAGCAAGUGUUGUUUGAAGAGCUUUUGUGAUAAAUGCAUACGUGAGUACAUUAUGGCGAGAUCAAUGUGUGAAUGUGGGGCCACAAGUAUUCUCGCAGACGAUCUUUUGCCCAACAAGACCGUAAGAGAUACAAUUAAUCGGAUUUUGGAAUCCAAUAACAAUAGUGCUGAAAAUGGUGGGAGUGCUUUUCAAGCCCAAGACAUGGAGUCUCGGAAUCCACAAGCUAAUGCUCCAUCCCCCACACAAUCUGCUGCCUCAAAAGGACAGCAAGUGCUUGCACCACCAUUUCAGAGCCAGGAAGUUCCAAUAAUUGUUGAGACCGUUGAAGAAAAUAAGCCUGCAAUCCUUCCCUCGAAAUCAGAGAAUGGGAUAGCUUUAAAAGUGCCUGAUGCUUCAGAAGCAACACAUGACUUGAGAACAGUUAAGGAAGCAGCAUCGCAAGGAAGUGCACCUCUGGCUGAUGAAGAGGUGCAGAGACCAAUGUCUGGAGAAGCAGGCCGGAAGAAGAAAAAGAAGAAAAUUCGCACGGCACCUGGUGCUGCAGAGAUGCAGUGGCAAACUGGCCCAGCCCUUCCUCCUGAGAAUUACAUGAUGAAUAUGGGUCCUUCUGCUUUUAAUCCUUGCUGGAAUGGCAUGCAACCUGGUUUUGAUGGGUUUAUACCGUAUGGUGCUGGUCCUAUGCCCUAUGGGGGUUAUGGAGUUAAUCCUAUGGAUUUUCAGUUUGGGGGCUUUUCACCAUUUGAUCCAUUUGCAGGACAUGGUGGUAUUCUUCCAUACGGCCCUCAGAGGGACCUUUCUGAGUUAGUAGGAUACAAUGCUCCCCCACCUGUCAUGAGUAGAGAGGAAUUUGAAGCUCGAAAAGCUGAUCUAAAGAGAAAGCGUGAUAUGGAGAAACGCGAUGAAAGGGAAUAUUCUAAAGAUGGGGAAUAUGGCAGAGAAGGGAGCAGUAUAGUCAAUGUCUCUUCGAGAUCCAAAUCUAGAUCGACACCCGCGCAAUCCAGUGUCGACCACCACCCUCCAAGUCGCAACCGUCACUCUUCCCGGGACCCUGAGCUUCCUCGACCGUCUUCCAAGAGGAAGUCUGACUACGAACAUGACGACCACCACCAGCGCCGCCGUGAGUAUCACGAAGAAACCAACCGCGACAAGUAUUACGAAGAGCCCCACGGCGACAAGGAUCACCACCGCAGCAGCAGCAGCCACCUCCGCCGCUCGCAGUCCCCCACGGAAGCGGCAUCUCGGGAAGCAGCCGCUGCGGCUGAGAAGAAACAAAAGGCCAGCGUCUUCUCCCGGAUCAGCUUCCCAGCUGGUGGUGAAGCAGCUACCAAGAAAAGAAAGCUCUCUUCAUCCGACAUAGCAGCUGCCAGUUCUACGAGUCACCGAGCAUCGAAUGGGCAGCAUGAAGAAGAGCACAGGGCAGCUACUGGAUCGAGAAAAGGCGGUAGCUCUGCUGUCUCUGUGGAUCACAACAGCAGUGAUGACGAGAGGCAUUUCAAGAGGCGGCCUUCGAGGUACACCUCGUCGCCCCCGCCUGCUGCCCCGGUGGAGGAGGAGCACCGUCACUCUAGAGGGUCGAGGGACAGAGAGAGGGAGAGGAGCAAGCGUAGAUAACUGACGGAGGCGAAAUUGGAAACUCUAUUUUGAGGGGCUUUAUUUCUGCUUGGUUUGAUAAUGUAAUAACAAAAAAAUGAUGGUUUGCGACUGGGUUCUCUCUGUUGCCAUUUUUAAUGAAAUGAGCAUGUUUUAUAAUCA